UUUUCAGGUAGCAGCUUGGAUUUUUCACUAUCCGCCAUGGAGCUCCUUUACUGCUUCUUAAUAUUGUCGUUUAUUCAAAUGACUGUAGGAAGCAUUGUUAACCUCCGUAAAACUCAUCUUAACAAGAUACUUCAGAAUUAUGACUCGAGUUUGCGUCCACAUAGACUGGGAACUGCAGAUUCUCCUACCCAGAUCAACGUUAAUCUGUUUAUAUCUGAUAUUUUCGAUGUCAAUGAUAAGAGUAUGGAUUUUACAAUUCAGAUGUACUUAAGAGAAAUCUGGGAAGAUCCUCGACUGCGAUAUCCUGAUCCAGAGGGCAUCGUGCAAAGUAUUCCACUCAACCCUAUUUCUAAGAUAUGGACGCCCGACUUGUUCUUCAAUGAAAGAGAAGGAUCAUUUCAUCAUGUUCAGCGGCCCAAUCGUUUUGCAAGAAUAUUCUCGAAUGGAAAAGUGUCCUUUAAUUCCAGACUAAAGUUAAAAAUGUACUGCCCGAUGGAUUUCAAGUACUUUCCAUUUGAUCGCCAAAUUUGUUCUUUUGAACUGGAAAGCUAUGGUUUUGAAACAAAGGACGUUACUCUUAAAUGGAUUGAAGGCAACCCUAUUCAAGUCAAUUCCAGACUUCAUGUAUCUAACUACGUGCUAGAGGACUUUGUUGCAGGAUAUUGUGACAAACCAACAAAGCAUGGUCAUGGGUGUUUGUCAAUUAAACUACUCCUGAAAAGACAGUAUGGAUACUAUCUUACGCAGAUUUUCGUUCCGUUUGUUACAAUAGUGGCUGUCUCGUGGCUUUCUCUGUGGUUAGAUGCACGUGCAGUGAUUCUGCGUUUAUCUUUAAUUGUAAUCCUUCUGUUUAUGAUGAUUAUGAUUAAUUUUGGAAUGCAGCCACUGCUUCCAGCAUCAUCUUACACCAAGGCCAUUGACAUCUGGAUUGCUGUCUGCAUAGCAUUGGUUUUUGCUACUUUUCUCCAGUUUAUAUUGGUCAACCAACUGGCUCGUAGAGAAAGGCGAGCACGAAUAUCUGAAAAUCACCUUACGAAAAAUGGUGUAGCUGCCUCUGGAGAUAUUAAGAAUAUAUUCAAGGUGAAAAACAUUUUGGAGAAAUGUGCAAAUCACUGCAUUCCGUUGUCGAAGAAAAUAGAUUUCUUAAGCCGUGUUUUAUUUCCUGUCGCUUUUGUGAUAUUUAAUUGCAUAUUCUGGUUUACAUACAUAAAAGGAAGGGACAGCAAAUUUAUUAUCAACUGAAGUUAUUUGGGAAUUUUGUGAUGCAUUAUGUUUUCAAUAUCUUAUGCAUUUCGUCAUCUACUGCAUGUAUUGUAUUUAGCACUUAUUAUUAUUAUUAUUAACUUAUUAUAAAUAUGAUAUGAAAAUAUAAUAAAUAUAUUUUUAAUUUUUUAAAAUACAUAUUUUUAUCACAUGUAAUAAUUUUUAUUAUGCUACUGGUAUGUAAAAAUGUUAAAGCUAUUAUUUUCAGCCAUGUUUUUCUUACCGUACGUACUUAAAAUUUUUCAUAUUGUUCCAAUUAUAUGUUUUAUGAUGGCAGCUGUAAAAUACAUAGAUUUAAGUAAUAAUUUAUUAAGUUACUUAAGAAUCGCAUGUACAAAUUAAUUUUAAAACUCUUAUUACGGUUAAAUGUUAUUUAACUGUAAUUAAUAAAAAAUUAUUUCUAUAGAGCUUCUUUGAAUUUUGGCACAUAAGACCAAAUGGCCUAGUGAGAUCCUUUGUAUUUCAUUUAUAUGAAGUCAUUAGAUAAAAAGUAUUUUAAAAUGAAA